AUGGCGAAUGCAACUGAGGAUGAAAACCCCACAUUUACAAACCAAGAAUUUUCGGGCGUUUCAGGGCUUACAUUAGCUCAUAAGAUAAUUGUGUUGAUGCUUGGUAUUCCUCUGUCCAUCAGUGCAGUUGUCGGAAAUGUUCUGAUCAUCGUUGCCCUUUACAAAGUGUCUUCUCUUCACCCGCCGUCAAAACUUUUGCUCGCCUGCCUUGCAUUCACAGAUUUGAGCGUCGGACUUAUUGCGCAUCCUCUUUUUUGUGGUCUCUUAUUUCAGACAGAGCGCCCGAGCAGUUAUUCCUGGGUUUUGAUCGUUCUUAAUACGAGUUUUGUGUUUAGUUUGGUAUCUUUGUCAACGAUGACUGCAAUAAGUGUCGACAGACUUCUCGCUCUGUUGCUAGGGCUAAGAUACAGGCAAGUUGUAACUGUGAGGCGAGUAAAAAUUUCCAUCGUUGCUCUUUGGAUUUUGUAUUCCUCUGUCGUAAUGAUGGCGAUUUACGGCAAUCGACGCAUGGCUUUUGGUAUUUCCUCUGCAGGAUUUAUAAUGUGUAUAGUAAUCUCCACUUCCUGUUACACCAAAAUUUAUCGCACACUUCGUCUUUCUCAAGUACAAGUCCAAGAGCAAAGUCACCAAGGACAACCGAAUGAAGAAGGAACUCCACUGAACAAAGAGCGAUACAAAAAGACAGUGUCCACAGCACUGUGGGUUCAAAUAACAUUACUUGCUUGUUACGUACCGUUUGGAUUAAUCUCACUUUUUGUAAUUACCGCAUCGCGCACGCCGUCGAUUGUCUUCGCCUGGCUUCUCAGUAUAACGCUUUUGUACUUUAACUCGACUCUAAAUCCAUUACUAUACUGCUGGAAAAUGAGAGAAUUAAGACAAGAAAUGAAGAACGCCAUCAGAAAAAUCUGGUGGAUAUCAAAUUAA